UUUAUCUCUUGUUUAUAUUUACGUCGAUCACUAACAUAUUGAGCCAAAGAAAAAAUCCACCAAUUUGUCUAACUCUAAACCGUCUAGCAAUAAUGGCAAUCAUCCGCGAUAUCCAAUUCUACUUCAUCGUCGUCUUUCUAUGGCUACUCUCAAGACUUCUCCUUCAACACCUCUUCAAGAAACCCACCACCAAGCCAAAUCUCCACCUUCCUCCAAGCCCACCUGCUCUUCCAUUCAUAGGUCACGUUCACCUCCUCAGCCCAGUGGUGUCCAAAUGCUUCCAUUAUCUCUCUUCUAAACAUGGCCCUCUCCUCUAUCUCCGUCUUGGCUCUCGUCCCCUUCUUCUCGUCUCAUCAGCAUCAUAUGCAGCUGAGAUCUUCAAAACAAAUGAUCUCGCCUUCUCAGCAAAACCCAAAACUCCUUUCGAUGAUGGGCUACUAUUUGGAAACGCAGGCUUUAUUACUGCUCCUUAUGGGGAUUACUGGAGGUUCAUGAAGAAACUUUGCGUAACUGAAUUGCUAGGAGCAUCACAGCUUGAACGAUCUCGUGGUGUUCGACGCGAAGAACUUAGGCGUUUCUUGCAUAAUCUGGUUGAGAAAGCUUCCAAGAAUGAGAGUGUUGAUGUGGGUCAGGAGUUGAUGAAGCUGACAAAUAACACUAUAUGCAGGAUGGUAAUGAGCACAAGGUGUUCAGAGGAAGAUGAUGAGGCUCAGACGUGCAGAGAACUGUUGGAAGAAUCGAUCGCUCUAGCUGGAAAGCUGGUUAUAGCUACCAUGUUAGGACCUCUGAAAAGAUUAGGUUAUUGGGUGAAUAGAAAACAGAUAGAGGAUGUACCAAGACGGUUCAAUGAGUUGCUUGAAAAGAUAUUGAAGGAGCAUGAAGAGAGAGCAAAGAGAGAGAGUGGUGAGAGAAAGGAUAAGGAUUUGAUGGAUAUUCUCUUGACAGUAUAUCAAGAUGAAAAUGCAGAGUUUAGGAUAUCCAGAAGCCAGAUGAAGGCCUUCUUUCUGGAUCUCUUCAUUGGAGGGACUGAUACUGCAGCAAAUACCAUGCAGUGGUUGAUGGCAGAACUCAUCAAUCAUCCUAAUAUUUUCAAGAAGCUAAGAGAGGAGAUAGAGUCAGUUGUUGGAGCAAAUAGACUAGUACAUGAUUCUGAUAUUCCAAAUCUCCAUUAUUUGCAAGCUGUAGUGAAGGAAACAUUGAGACUCUAUCCAUUGUUACCUGCAAUACCUAGAGAAUGCAGAGAAGAUUGUAAGAUUGGAGGAUUUGAUAUACCUAAAGAAACUGCAGUAAUGAUCAAUGCAUAUUCCAUAAUGAGGGAUCCAGAAUUGUGGGAUAAUCCUAAUGAGUUCUACCCAGAGAGAUUCUUGCAAGAACAAGAAAACCAAAAGGAAACUAAGAAGCAAAACUUUAAUUUUGUUCCAUUUGGUGGGGGAAGGAGAAUAUGCCCUGGUUCACAAUUAGCCCUCAGUGUAAUGAAUAUUACUGUGGCAUCAAUGGUUCAAUGCUUUGAUUGGAAGCUUGCGGGAGAUGAAGGAAAGGUUAAUAUGGAAGCUAAAGCAGGCAUGAUUCUGAGCAUGGAACAUCCACUUCUGUGCCUUCCUAUGAUUCAUUUCAACCCAGUUUCUGCCUAAAUGAUCUAAUAAUGAAGUGUUGGAUUAGUCAUCAACUCCUGCGUAUAAAUGUUGUUACAUUUUCUUAGUAGAAAAUUAGGAGAGUAGGAACUCAAAUCUAGAUUUGCCAUAUGAAUGAUGAGUAAUCUGUUUCAGUCAUUGAACCAAGGUCAAGACUAUAAAUGUUAAAUAAGAGCAAUGUUAUCUAUACUGAAAUUGCAUAUUGCACACUAAAGUGGACACUUUAUCAA